AAUAGCUCUCGCCGUCUCGCGACCUAACACUCUGAAACCCAGGUAGGUACUAGUAGCUUGCUCAAGAAAAAAAGAAGAGGCACCCAAGCAGCUUGGCAAUGCGGCGGCCGGCGGGUCGACGGGCUCGGUAAAUCCGUGCUGCGGAGCCGGGUGGCCGGAGGCCAGGCAUGUAGUAAAUCAGCUCGGGACCCAGGGGCACGCCCCGUCGCCUUGCUCUGGCUCCGCAGUUCCCCGCGAGGGCGUGGCAACGGCCCGGACCGGAACCCCGGAAUCAUGGAGCUCGCAACGCGCACCGUCGGGCGGAUGCCGUCGGGAGGACAUCAGUCCGGUGACGCGCCGUGCGGAGAAUCAGUAUCAGUACAUGUUAUUUACCAGGUACAGUGCCUGAAGUUGUAUUUAUUUGGGAUCAAGCGUGUAUUUCAACACGUUGAUGCGUUGUGUGUCUUUGGCGUAGUCUCCGCAACAUGGGGCCGUCGACAGCCGGCUCACUCAUCACCAGGGGAGCCCAAAAGAAGGAAAAUCAUCUUGUUUUUCUGCAUAGUACCAGCUCGCAUUUCACACUUGGCCACUUGCAGUACACAAAACGGUGGCUGAGACAUGACUAUCUUGCCCACAGGUGAUCCCUUCCCAGUCUCAGCAACCCGUGCCAUCCUGCUAUUAUGCGGCGAGGCCACUAUCAUGUGAGAGCCCUGCUAGGGACUGAAGAAGGGCUCCCAUGCUCAAUAGUCAGUGCAGCAACUGGUCGGAGACGCCAAGGAGAUCAGCAACACAACUACACAAGAGCAAAGCCAAUGGAAGGUAUGUGCAAUUUCGUGUUGCAUGUCUUGUAUGAACAUUUGAAGUAACCAUGUGGUUUCUGAUGAAACUAGCAUGGAUUGAUGGUCUUAUGAAGAAAACAAAUGAGAUGAACAAAGAAGUGCCUCUUGCUUCUGGUUAUAUGUUUUGCCCCUUAGCAGUUUGCAGUAACAACAAAGAGAUUGGGUCAAGGAUUUUGUUUGCUAUUGUCUUUUAUUCUACCGUCUAGGCGUCUCCACAUGUGCAUUAUCACGGACCUUUGACUGGGAUUUCUGGUUACUACCGUGGAUUCUUUCUGGGAGACUGGGACCUGGUAGUGUGUGACAAUGUGAGGAAUGGUAGUGCCAGGCUGAUUGGCCACUUGAUUAUUAUGCUUAUGAGACAGGAUUUAUACUAAAAGUUUGGGUGGGGGAUGGCUCUGGCAACUGGCGACGGCUCGGGCGGUGCCCCUGGCGACGCGGGAGAUGCAGCUGCCCCGCCGCCGCCCCCUCCUCCCGUCCCCUCCCUCGAGCUCCGCCCCCCCGCCGGCGUCCGCCGCCCCUGUCCCUCCGCCGACCCCCCCCCCUCUGGCUCUCCACGGGUGGUGUGGGCUGACAUAGCCGAGGCCGACGACGUCGCUGCUGGCCGCCCCGUCGUGUGCCAGGACCGUGUCCCCCCAAGGCCCCGUCGCGGCUGCUGCCCGACCACGCCGGUGGCCCUACUCCUAGGGGUGGGAGCUCGGCCGCCCGUGGGUCGGGCCGGCGCCGGCGUCUCCCUCCUGCCGCCUCUCUGGCACGGGGGAUGCAAGGUCUGGCCUUGGGUUUCGGGAUGCCCUCCCGGCGGCGCCGCGCUGGCAGCUGGGGUGUUGCCGGCCGCGCGGACCGUGGCCCUGCUCGCGCCUCCUGGAAACCCUCGACUCCGGCCAUGCCCUCCUCUGCUCCGGCCUGUUCGGCUCCGGCGAUCCCGCCCGAGCUCGCUCCGGCCCUCUCCCGACGUGCUCCCUUCCGGCCCUUCUUCCCAUCCCGCGGUUCCUCCGGGCCCCUCCCUCCGGGUCGCGUCCCCGCCCCGCCUUCCCCUCGCCGUCCCCGUACGCCCCCGCCGGCGGCCACCGCGGCGGCGCUCGGGGAAACCCUAGCUCCCCGCUUGGCUACCCCGGGGCGCUCUUACCGGGCUGCGGUGCUCUUGGGCCGGCCUAUGGGCCUGGCUGCUGGCCCCCACCCCAGGGCGGUCGACGCGGCUGCGGCCCAAGGAACGCGGGCCUCUGCGGCUGGGGUGGGCCGGCUCGACGGGCCGGUUCAGUCCCGCUCGGCCCAGGUUCGUCCCCUGU